UACAUGAACGUUUAUAUCGUGAACUGUAAAGACCAAAGGAUGUUUAUCAAACAAUUAUGUUGCAUACAUCGAGAAUUGACUUAAACUAUAUACGAGAUAUACUUUAUUUAAUAUGAGAAAUUAAAAUCAUGUAUAUUACCUGUAAAUGUUGGAUACUUUUACUUUUCCUAUUCUCAUUAAUUUGGAGAGUUAAUACAUAUAAAGCAGAACAAAUUAUUCGUCGUGGUCCAGGUCAAGAUCCACAGUGUGCAGAUCCUUUAAUUAAUUCAGCCGAUAAAUUUCCUGACGCUUCAUUCUCGUCUAGUAGUGUUUGGAAGAAUGCAACCGAUUUUCAGCCUUUUAGAGCUAGAUUAACAGAGGUAUAUGGAAGUAAUGAACAUACAAGUGGUUAUGCUUGGUGUCCAAAUACACAUGUUGAAGAUGGCCUACGGGAAUGGAUUCAAGCAGAAUUCUCACAUUUAGUUAUCAUCAGUGUCAUUUUCACAGUUGGACGUGGUGAUGGAAAUGUAAAAGAAUAUAUGCCAAAUUUUGUUUUACGAUACCAACGGGAAGAUAAUGGUAUCUGGUAUGAACAUGUAAAAAGUGAUGGUACACGAGUGCUUAAAGCAAAUAGUGAUCCACGGAAUAUUGCAAGGACUACACUUGAUUCAGUUGUUAUCGCUAAACGUAUACGCAUUUACCCCUAUAGCCAUCGAUCGAAACAACAAGUAUGCCUACGAUUUGCACUGUAUGGAUGCAAUUUCCCAGAUGGUGUCACUUCCUAUUCAAUGCCUCAAGGUGAUACAGUCACAUAUGGUCGACCAUUAUUUGGUUCACUGUAUUCAGUACCUCAUAGUUUUCAAGACUUAACAUAUGAUGGUCAGUUAAUUGAAUCAGAUAAUCAACUGAUGGGUGGAAUUGGUCAGUUGAUGGAUAAUGUAGCCUAUUUAGGCAAUGUUACACUACUGUCAGACUCACAUCCUACUCAACCUGGUUUUCAUUUUGUUGGAUGGCAAAUCCCUAACAGAGAUUUACGUAUUGUCUUUAAAUUUGAUGAAGUACGAAGUUUCAUCUGGCUGAGAAUAUUUACAUUCGACUCUAUCCCACUGCAAUCACGUGUUUUUUCAAGAGCUGUUGUCGAGUUCAGUAUGGAUGGAAAGAGCUUCGGUAAACCAGUUGAAAUUUUAACUAGUCGUGCACGUAUGGUUGAUCCUAAUCAAAUCAGUUCAACAAAAUUAUCAAUAUCUGAUAUGCAUACAUCAAGAGUAAAGAGAUCACCGAAUUCAGUCAGUACACUAACUCAAGAAACUAUUGUUUAUAGUAAUCGUGAAUGGGAUGGUGCACUGGUUGUACAAAUGCCUUUGACCAGUCAUACAGGACGUUAUGUCAGUCUUACACUAACACCGAGUGAUUCAUGGAUUUUGUUAUCUGAAGUACAGUUCAACUCUACUGUUGUACAACCGGAAUCUUUAUUAGCAAAUAAUGAAGAGGUUGAUUCACCGACGAAAUCGGUGGGUGGGAAUUCUAACUCAGGUGAUUCACAUGAGCAGAACAAUCAUCUAGAUGUAAAUUUAUUCCAGAAUUCACUAUCGGCUGCUGAUCCAGAAACAAAUAAACAAGUGAACAAAAUGAAUAGUGGUUCAGAAGUUCAAUCACCAGGUGUUGUUGGUAAUGAAAAAUCGCCUCUAUCAACUCAUGAAAGACUCUCAGGUGCAGAAAGUUCGAGUAACGGUGAAAAUUAUUACCUCUCAUCGUCAUCAUCCUCAUCAGCAUCAGCAUCAUCGUCGAAGUCAAUGUCCACGUCGACAACACCAUCAACGCAGUUACCUCAAAUUAUUGUCAUUGUAUCUUAUGUAUUAGGCGGUAUAUUAUCCUUAUUUAUUCUACUCGCUUUAAUAAUUAUUGUACAAAGACGAUGUCGACAUCAUUUACACUUUAAGCAUCAAUGCUGUAAACAGUUGGCAGUAGAGACAACAGGAAUUGCAUCAUCUAAUCCAUCCGGUGGCUUUUAUUCACCUAUUUCCUUGAUUGGUGCAUACGGUAACAAUAAUAAUCCUAAUAAUAAUAACAAUAACAGUCUAAUGAAUUAUAAUGUUGUGAAUACAAUGAAUAUUCCUGAGGCUGCAAAACUACUACAAUCACUACCAACACUUUCUCCGAAUACAAGGACAACAGAGAAUUUUGUACAUAACUGUCUACCGAAUGGUGGUAGUGGAGGUGUUGGUGUUGGUGUUGUACACCAUCCAAACAGCCUAUUACAGUAUGCUAUGAAUAAUAGUAAUAACAAUAACAAUAAUACUUCAGUUACAGACAGUAAUUCAGUGAUUGUGAAUAACAGUAAUAAUAAUAAUAAUACAAAUAAUACUCGAUUCGGUGGGACUGGUGGUGUCGGUAAGUUAGACUAUGUAUCAUCUGUACCGCCACCACUGCCACCCGCUAAUCUGUUAUUACCUCGUGUACCUCAGACAACAAUGUGUGGCGGUGUCAGUGAUGCAAAUGCUAACAACAUCAACAACAACAACAACAAUGAUCAAUUUAUUGCACAGACAAGCUUGUAUAUGCAAACAAAUCCAAAUCGUUUGGCUACUACACUUGUUGCUAGUGAUUUGAACAGUUUGGGUGGAAUGAGUCCUGAAUAUGCUAGUGCAUCUAUAUUUGGAUUUACACCACCACCAUCCGAUCUGUCAGACGGAGUAUCUAUUAACUGUGGAGACAAUAAUAUUCCAUCAAAUUAUUAUCGUCCUAUUGUUUCACGACUUGGCAAUUAUCCAAUGUCUGGUUUAACAACACUCAAUACAAAUCACAACGGACCUACUUCAUUACCGCUUACCGGGCCCACAUAUGAAUUACACACCCACACGCAUAUUUCACCAAAUGUAGUUUCCACUAACACUGGUACUAUCAAUAACAAUAAUAAUAGUAAUAAUAAUACUGGACAAUUCCACUCUACUUUAAAUCAACAAAACCCAGCAGGAUUUCUAUUUCUCCCGCGUUCACAAAUCGGAGAAGGUGGAUUUACUGGAGGAGGUAAUAAUAUGAUAAAUCGUAUAUCACUCACUGCUAACCAGUUCCAACAGUUGAAUCAAAACAACACUCCGUUUAUCUCGACAAUUAACGGAGAUCCAUACAAUAUCUAUCAAGCAGCUGGAAUGAAUUUACCAGUUCAAUCGAAUUUACAAAUGUAUCAGCAUAACCAACAACAACAACAACAGCAACAACAGCUGCAACUGCAACAACCAGUUGAAUAUAAAUUACCCAAACGAACUGAUGAUAUAACCUGGCAAUCGUCAUUAAUUAAUCCAGAGUCAACAAUGAUACAUUCUGAACCUCAAACCCCGUUAACAGAACAAUGUUUAAGUAAUUCAGAAACAUCAUGGCCAGGAACUGUAAAUAAUAAUAAUAGUAAUAAUAAUAAUAAUAAUAAUGGUAAUAACAAUUACAGAACAAUAAAUAUUACAGAAAUGAAAAAUGGUACAUUGAAGAAUAAUUAUUUCCUACCUGUAAUGAAUACUUCAACAACCCUGAAUAGUAAUUAUAAUAAUAAUAAUAAUAAUAAUAAUAAUAUUAGUGAUGAACGAUCGUAUUUCCCUUCGCAUCAACUUAUUUAUCCUUCAUUUCCACCUCCACCAAUCUCUGGGACAGGAAUGGUAACAACAUCAAUAGCAUCACAACCACAACAGUCAUCACUACAAACAACAACAACAGCAACAGCAACAACAGUGACAUCAAAUGGACCAAAUAUGUCGUCUCGAGGUAGUCCAGUCGGUGCAGCAGCAACAUCAACUGGACCUGAUGGAGGUGGUGGUUAUACAGUAAAUGAGAGCACAAAUUCUGGUCCUCCUAUGUCUUUUUAUUCUGUAUGCAUAUAA